GUCAGAAUCUUGUGGUGAUGUUUCUACUGCAGCUCUGUCGGCUGCUGUUGGAGCUGAGCCUGUGGCGGCCAGUCUCAGGCAGUCCUACCGACGACAACGCACUGCGGAGCGGCCAUGGAGAGCAAGGAGAGCCGGGAUACAACGAGCAUCAUAAAGACUCCUACAGCACUUUUGCUUCGGAAUUUCUCGAGUCCAGGUAUCUCUCAGAUGAAGGUUAUCCUUUUCCAACUGCCCCUCCUGUUGACCCUUUUGCACGCAUCAAAGUCAGUGAUUGUGGAGUAACCAAGGGCUGUAUCAGGUAUGGAAAGCCGGGUUGUGAUGCAGAGACAUGCGACUAUUUUCUGAGUUACAGGCGUAUCGGUACAGAUGUUGAAUUCGAGAUGAGCGCAGACACAGAUGGCUGGGUUGCUGUUGGAUUUUCUUCUGACAAGAAAAUGGGAGGUGAUGAUGUCAUGGGCUGUGUCCACGAUGACAACGGGCGGGUGAGGAUCCAUCAUUUCUACAAUGUGGGCCAGUGGGCCAAAGAGAUAAAGCGAAACCCAGCACGAGAUGAAGAGGGCCUCUUUGAGAACAACCGGGUUACAUGUCGCUUCAAGCGCCCGCUUCAUGUGCCCCGGGAGGAAACUCUGGUGGACCUACAUCUCAGCUGGUACUACUUGUUUGCCUGGGGACCCGCUAUACAAGGUUCUAUCACAAGGCACGACAUUGACAACCCACCAGUGUCUGAUCGCAUGAUCAGCAUUUACAGAUAUGAGGACAUUUUCAUGCCCGCUACUGCAUACCAGACCUUUUCAUCUCCUUUUUGCCUCCUGCUGAUCGUGGCUCUCACCUUCUAUCUGCUCAUGGGCACCCCGUAACCACAACGCCUCACCGAUUAGACCUAUGGAGUCAUCACAGGGACAAGCAUGAGUUAUUUAUUACAUGCAACAAUAAAACAGCAUCUGAAAAUAUAGUGAAA